CAUGCGCGCUCUGCGGAGGUCGUCGUUAUCCUCUUAUCCUCAUCCACAAAAACAUUUUUUUUAAAUUACCCUCACAUCCUGCAGGAGAAGAUGUCCUCCUGCGUCCUCUACACUGCACUUUUCACCCUUCCUUUUGCACUGGGUUGGGAAUUACUAGGUGACCGAGAAAAAGUUCAGACUGUUUGCGUCGGGAAGGAGUUUCGUCUACCGGUGGACUCAACGUCGCGAAUCGUGACUUUUACACCGUAUCCCGACGGGCCGAAACGCAUCCUGCUGGAGAAAACCACUGUUAAGGACCCACGGUUUGAGUGGACCAAAGAUAAGUCGUUAGUCCUGAAAGAAGUGAGUCAUGCUGACCAGGGAGUUUAUGCCAACAAGCUGUCCAUGGGCUUCACCUACGAGACUGUCCGUCUGAUCGUUUCGGAAUGCAUUAAACCCUACCGCAGAAACUAUGGGGAGACCUUUGAGCACAGCAUCCCCGAAAAUGGCUCCCUGCUGGAGUUCUCUCACCGGGGCGCUCCGCCUGAGGCUGUGCCGGUCGUGCUUUGGAACCGGACAGACCCCGAAACCGGUAACGCUGGCCGGGGGCGGCUGCUAAGAGGGGGGAAGGUCUGGGUGGCGGAGAGAGUGACGCAAGCAGACCAAGGCAACUACACCAUGAGAGACGACAACGGGAAGGUGCUGGGUCGCAGCACCCUCACCGUCCGUGGGCAUUCCUUCAACAUCACACGCUUUACCAAAGAGUCCAUAAUCCUGCCUCUAUAUCUUCCUCUUGCUCAUGCCCAUCUCAUUUUUACCCCUGGCCAUUUUCCUGAUGAAUCCUCCCUGGGCCCCUUUGACCCCAAACCCCCACGUGGCCCUAUGCAGCUCAUCCGUGAGGGGCAGAUAACAGACCAUGACCUGCACUACAGGGGUAUCAUCUCACUGAGUAGGAACGGCUCCAUCUACGAGGUGAUCAUUGCAAGGCUGACCUCAAGGCAUGAUGGGCUGUAUGAAGUUAAAGACAGGAAUGGCAACCUGGUAUCCUCCACCUACUUGCACGUGAUCAACAAAAGGGGAGGGAGUUGGCGAGCGCUCCUCAAAUCCGUUACUGUCCCUUCUGGCAUGUUCGUGUCCCUGGCUGGUUUCAUCCUGUUCAUGAAACGUUACCCAAACUGUAGCCUCUCCCAACUCAUCACGUGCUUUAGAACACACCGCACGCUGCCAGCCAACCCCCCGAGGGUCAACAUCCAGCACUACAGUCCCCCCUCUCCUCAGCCCCCAGGUCACUACAGCUACUCUCAGCAGACUGGAACACCAAGAAAAUGGACCCCAAGAGCCAGUCCUGUUCACACUGGUUAUGCUCCGGUAACGGUAGGGUCUCCAAGAGCCGAGAACCAGGAUGUGCACAGAGCAACAGCUGGGAAUUCCCCUAGUCAUAACUUAACUGUUGAGGCUAAAUCUAAUGAGGACGAGGACAGGAUUUCCUUCCCUGUGCCCGGAGCUUCAGACUGCCUCCACUCAUCCGAGGACUGCGUUCAGUUCCAAAUCAAAAAGGAUGGAGAUAAGGGAAGGGGGAACAAAUCACAAGACUUCUUUUCCACGCUGCCACUAGACACAGACACCUCUGAGUCCUGCAGUAUUUACACGUCAAAGAAUCUGAACUUUUCAUAAAAGAGAGAACAUGGAGAAAUCACACAAACGGUGAAGCUCCUGACCGAGAAGAACCUCACCUGUGCCUUAUGCACGGUUUUAAUAGUUUGCUUUGUGAUGUAAUUUUUCUGAAGCAUGAGUUAGGGCUGCUCAAUUAAUCGAAUUUUAAUCACGAUUACGAUCUGGGCUUUCAACGAUCAUUAAAAAUGACU